CACUGAUCUCUUCUCUUCUAUUCUUUCUUUCUCUUAUGAGGAAUUUUCACAAUCUUUGAUCAUCUUCUCCUUUAUUCUACGGAAGAAAUCUAUAUAUUCUAUAUAUGGAAAACAUCAAAAACCCUAAAAACGCAGAUGAUUGUUCCGAUAGCAUAUCAAAAAACAGUCAUCAAGGCGUUGAUGAUUCCCUGAACCAGUCAAGAUCUUACGUAUGCAGUUUCUGCAUAAGGGGCUUCUCGAAUGCUCAAGCACUAGGAGGGCAUAUGAACAUCCACAGAAGAGACAGGGCUAAACUCAGACAAAAGCUUAUGGAAGAUAAUAAGGAUGAUGUCGUCGCCGAGAGUGAUGCAUCCGAAGUUGUGUCUCUAGACCUUAAUGAACAACAACAACAACAAGGAGAAGCUUUGACAUGUGAUGAUCACGAUCAAUAUGUUGAUAACGAUAUAAGUCCUAAACAGAAAUUAGAGUUUUGGGUUCAAGAAAGCAAGCUUGAUACUAAUGAUCAUGGAAAGGUCACGGAGGCUAGCAUAGAUGGUUCGAGUUCGAGUCAUCAUCGUGAUAUUGAAGUAUUGGAUCUCGAGCUUCGGUUAGGCCAAAGCGUCGUAAAGAAGAAGACAACAUAGUCUCUGAACGAUGAAUCAUAUAUUGAUUGCAUUGUAUCAAUGGGAAAAUCCCUAUGAAACACCAAACUCUCUAAUCCGUCUAUUACAAAUGGAUUCGUGGCUCAAAUUGUAUUGUAAGGUAUGCAUUUGUAUCUUAUUGCUACCAUUAUCGUUGUUGUACCUUGUAUUGAUAUUUGUUUCCUUGCUUGGGUUAAUUUCACCAACAACUUUUGUAAAUGACAUACACGUCCAAACAAAC